ACGGCAAGAGCUUGCUUUGUUCGUCUUUCGAAAUUUGUCUCAGGUUUCAACAAAGAUACUAGCUUGCUACAUGAACGGCCUCUUAUACCCUGCAGCAGAUGGCGUGUUUCAAAGGUAUGGCGAGCUUUGCGUUUCAGAAAUUGGCAUUAGUUUUGCUCUUUUUAUCGUGCGUUGCAGCAAAUUUGAAGGAUGAGUACGAUCAUGCAGCUUUCUUGGACCCAAAGGAAAGCUACAAACUUUACUGGAGUGUAAAAGAUGCUGAUAAAUCGAUUCAUUUUGCUGCCGAAGUGAAAACGACUGGCUGGGUCGCUUUUGGGAUAUCUGCUGGACUCUCAGGGAGUAUGAAAGGCGCUGACAUUGUUGUUGGUUGGGUUGAUUCCAAAGGAAAAGGCCACUUGAAGGACUAUCAUGGACCAAGUUAUGGAAAUGGCUGGCCUAUCGAAGACAAGAAGCAAAAUUAUGAUUAUGUUGGUUCAUCUGAAACCAAUGGUGUCACUGUCUUGAAAUUCAAACGCAAGUUAGUUACUUGUGACAAAGAGGACAGAGAUAUUCCUCUUGGAACAUCCAAGGUGAUCUAUGCACAUGGGCCUACCGAUACUUUCAGCAAACAUCGAACAAGCGACAGGGGAGCAAGAAGUAUAAAUUUGUUGAAUUAUGUCAAGAACGUACCACCACCCAAAACAGCGAAAUACUUUGAUGUUGUCAGCGCAAACGUCUCUUUGCCAACUGCUGAGACAACCUACUGGUGUUCAGCUUAUAAAAUGGCGAAUCUGGUUCAUCUAACAGAGAAAAAACACAUCAUCGAGAUCGAACCGAUUGUUGCAUUGAAGGAUCGUGGUGUGGUGCAUCAUAUGGUGCUGUACAUUUGCAAGAACACCUUCAACGACUCCCAUUUGAAUGUUACAGGAUCCUGUCGCGAUAAUCAUAAUAUGCCACCCUCGAUAAAGGAGUGUGUUGGUGUCAGUCCAAUGUAUGCAUGGGCGGUUGGUGGAGUGAAUUUCAAGUUUCCCGAUCAUGUUGGAUGGUCAGUAGGGGCAACAGACAGUAUGAGGUACUUUGUGUUGGAGACGCAUUUUGACAACCCACACAACAAAGGCCACCUCAUCACCAACGGACUUCGCUUAUAUUAUGACAAACCUCGCAAAUACGAUGCUGCAACCCUUACGGUGGGCGUGGCUACUGGUAAGAAUCUUAUUAUACCACCUAACCUUGAAGAGUGGACGACGACUGGAAGCUGCUCAAAAGCCUGUACUUCAUACCUAAAGAAUCCCAAGGCUUUGAAAGGCAACGAAGUAAAUUUUUUUGCCUCGUUUCCGCACGCCCACGUUCUUGGUAGAGCCAUCUGGACUAAGAUUAUUCGAAACGGAAAGGAGGUCGUUGAAGUCCUUAGAGAUAACAAUUACGAUUUUGAUUAUCAGCAAACUCAUCUUCUACGCAAAGAAAUCACAUUCCAAGCGGGAGAUGAAGUUAUCAACUACUGCAGGUAUAAUAGCAUUGGCAGGCAGAACGCUACCUUUGGAGGGGAAUCAACGAAGGAAGAGAUGUGUUUUAAUUUUAUAAUGUACUACCCAAACGUUGAUCUUGGGAGCUGCACCUCGUCAGCCGUUAGUGGAAUGGACAGCUUCAAACAGAAGUAUGGAAGAGCAGGAAAAAGAGGAAAUGUCACUUACUACAGCUUAGAUGGUGUGAGAUGGAGUAAGUCAAUGACAGAUGAGCUCAAGAGCAUUUACGACAGAACACAAAAGAGCAUCAGAGCACGCUGUACUGGGACAAAUGGAGAAAUAAAGAAAGUUGUUGCGGUAGAUCGUCCAGUCAUCACUCAGGCCUUGCCCCCUCCUAAAGAUGUUUGUACGGAUUCAGUUGGAGGGGCAGUGUCCUUCCAAUCGACUGGGGUUUUCGCUCUUUUGAUAAGUUGCGUCAUCGCAUCGAUGCUGUUAGUUUCCAUCGGGCAGUGACCUCAGUGACCUGUUGCUUAGUUCUUUUAAUCGAUCCAUUUUGCUUUGACUCCUGCUAUUGCUGAUUAGUUCAGAUGCUUUUAUGAUAUAUACAUAUUUCGAGUUAUUCAAAGGCGUCUACUUUGUUUUUCUUCAUUAUUUUAAUUUACAUUUUCUAACUUUGUUGAAUAUUUUCGUAACAUAGUUAUUCUUUCCCAGUUAUGUAGAAAAGAUUUGAGUAGUCGAAAUUUUAUUCAGAUGUAUAGACUAACUGUGCAA